CGUUAACUUACUCUAGCUUUUAUAGGUGAAGGUUUUAGAAGCCAGCCAAGCCAGAAUUGUGUUCUUACCGCCUCAGACUUGCAACCCCCGGCCAAGUGCAACAGAUUGCUUUUGACUCUCCCAGUUCGGGAGGGUUACAUUGCAUGAUCAUUGAUGAGCUCAAACCCGUCCCUUCGUGAUCUCUACAACCCUCCCUCAUCCGCGUGGGCAUUCGUUCCUCCUCCGCCUCCUAUGCAGAACACAAGUGCACCCGCAGUCGCACCUUCGGGUUCUGCAAUGACCAGCUACCAAUGGUCCACUCGUCCUGCUCAUAAUUCAAUUUUUGAUUUGUCUCCUUCGCUAGACCUCAGCGAACCUUCCAGUCUUAAUGUGUCCUUACUACUGCGCUCUCUAGUCGCUUCAGCACUGCUUCAGUACACAAGUACAGCUCUUGUGAUGCCACUGGAAGUAGGAAAACUGCUUCUUCAAAUUCAGUGGAUCCCCAAGGAUGCUCCAGCGCCAUCUAGCCAGGUACACGAGGAAGAAGAAGAGGAAGAAACGCUUAGCGAUUCUACGAACGAAGACGAGUCAUACUUCGCGGACCCCGCUGGUUCACACAUAAAGUACCCCGCACCAAAGCCCGUUGAUGAGCAGGGUUAUGUGGUCAGGACUUCUGUGCUGGAAGACGGAACACGCCCCGAAUAUAUCAUUCCUGUGGGUAGUAUGAAUGGCGCUUGGGACAUGGUAAAACGCGUCGCCGCCUUCCGCGGAGAAGGCUGGCUUUCACUAUGGAAAGGGCUAUUCACAUCCUGCGUUCACGACGUGCUUUUCAGCAAUGUUCAACCACUCGUGGACAGUCUUAUGCACUCUAUGUUCUUGUCAUCAGCCGCUGGACUAUAUCGUCCACCACUACUUUUGCCAGUAGCAUCACAUAUCAUCACUGGCUUUCUACUCUCACCUCUAGACCUCGUUCGGACACGCCUAAUUGCCCAAUCAGCGAUGCAACGCCACCGGACGUACACUGGACCAUUUGAUGCACUAAGGCAGAUAAUAGCCCAGGAGGGCGGAAUCAGAAGCAUUUAUUUCCAUCCGCAACUCUUUAUCCCUACUAUUCUGGACAAUGGCUUUCGUCCCCUACUGCACAUCCUCAUGCCUACGCUUAUCGCUCCUCGACUAGGUUUUGGUCCACACGUCGCUCCAGACACCAGCCCCGUUGCAUGGGCUUUUGCUCAAGUGCUGGGAUCCGUGGCAAGUCUCCUCAUCUCGUUGCCUAUCGAGACUGUGCGCAGAAGGUUACAAGUACAAACCCGGAGUACGGCGAAGGCGCUGCGCACGUGUGUCGAGACGCGUCCUGUACCAUACAAUGGUGUAGUGGACGCGCUGUGGCACAUUGUGUCAGAGGAGAGGUCGGACCUUCCUAUCAGGCGGAGGACAAGAUCGAGAAGACGGCAGGUGGAAGGCACGGAGGAAAAGGAUGCUCAUGAAGAGAAGCAAGAUGGAUCCAGAUGGCUAAGAAACACAGGUAUUGGACAACUAUACCGGGGAAUGAAGAUGCGUCUCGGGGUUAGCGUUAUCGUAUUAUUGUUGGCCACAUUCGGAGGUCAACAAGAGAUGGACGGGGAUUGGGCAGAACUUUAGGCAGACUUUACUCCAUACAUGAUUCUCUCCUCAUGAUCAGUAGCAAUUAUAACUCUCCUCAGCACGUAGCCUUUUGUAAUUAUUAGUUGUCAACAGAUUAGGUAUCCCUUACUUUUACAAUGAUUAGAACUGAGCUGAGCGCUGAAGCCUGCAAGACAGCGUCGAAGGAGUUCAGUGUAUAUACUUUGGUGAAUUAUCACGCCA